AUGUUAGAAGGACAGGAGCUCUUGGUUAAUGAAGGAGAAUGCACUUUAGGAGAAUUUUCUGGGACAAAUCUAAGUGAAUUAUGUAAGAAUUAUGAAUUAAAACUAAAAGAAUAUAGGGAUAAUGAAGAUAAUACUAAACAAAAAAUUUCACAUUUAGAAGAUACAAUAAGAACAUUAAGAUGUGAAUUAGAUUGUGCUAAAGGGUUAAAAGUUUAUUGUGAAAUUUCGGGGGAUACAAAUGAUAAUGAUAAUUAUAAUGAGAAUUUAAAUAAAUCUGCAAUUUAUAAUUCUAAAAAAGAUAUGGAAAAUGAAAUUAGUAUUUUGACACAACAAUUAGCUCAUGAGAGGACUGAAAAUGAAAGGCUUCAAUUAUCUUUACGUAGUUUACAAGAUUCAUUAGUUGAAAGUAAACAAGAGAUUUUAGCUUGUCAACAGCGUGUUUAUGAAUCAGAAAUUAUAUCUAGUAAAGCUCAGCAUGAUUUAAAUAUGGUUAAUCUUGAAUGUUCAUCAUUUAAAGAUAUAAAUGAGAAAUUAAAGAAUGAAAUUUCAUCCUUAGAAAAUCGUAUUAAAGAAUUACAUGAUAGUAAGAAUACUUUAGUAUUAGAAAAUAGUCGUCGAAUGAGUGUAUUAGAAAUUUCAGAAAGAGAUUUAGAAUAUAGAAUAUCUAUAAUUCAAAAAAAUAAAGAAGAAUUGGAGAUUGAAUAUACACGUUUAAAUGAAGAAUUACGUAGAAUAAAAGCUGAAUUUGAAUUUUCAAAGGGUCAUUAUGAGGGUAAACUAAAAAUAAAAGAAGAAUCAUUAAAGUUAAAAGAUGAACAAUUAAGUCAAAUGAAGAAUUUAUUAGAUACAAGUAUAAAUACUACAGAAACUUUAGAAUCUGAAUUAAAUAAAUUAAAACAACAAAUGACUGAAAUAGAUAAUAUAAAUAAUAAUAUAUCAAAUUUAGAUUAUUUAAAUAAUAGGAAAUAUGGAAAUGAGAAGAAAUAUAAAUUAUCUGAUUCAGAAGCUGUAGAAUUUUUAUGUAAAUUAUUUGGUGAAGAAUCUUUAAAUAGAAUUCAAGAAGAAUCUAAUAAUAUAAAUGUGGAAUCUGGACGUGAAGGUCGUAGGAUGAUAAUAGAUUUAUUAACUGAACUUGAAGAAUGUCAAAGAAAUUAUGAGGAGAGUAGAAAUAAGAUUUUAUUUUUACAAGAAGAACUUAAAGAAUGUCAAAGUAAUAUGAAAAUUACUUUACCUGAAAUUGAAGGAAUGAGGAAACAUUUAGAGAAUCUUCAAGUUGAGAAUAGUUGUUUAUUACAACAAUUACACUCUUUAAGUCAAGAUAAUAGAGAAUUAUUACAUAAUAUUUCUGAAUAUAAAUCAUUAUGGCAGCAUGAGACAAAUACAAGAGAUAUAUUUGAAAAUAGAUGUCGAGAAUUAACGGAACAAUUAAGUAAUUUAAUGUUUGAAUUUGAACAUUUAAGAAAUAUAAAGAUAUCUGAAUAUAUUGAAGAGAAUUCAUUAGAUUGUAAGAAUAUAGAUUUUAAUAAGAAUAAUUUAUCUAAAAAUAUAUAUGAAGAUGUAAUGGAACAAAAUAUACAAUUAAAAUUACAAAUUUCAAGAUUAAUUGAUGGUAAUGAAUUAGAGAGUCAGAUACAAGUUCGUAAAUUAAAUGUAGAAUUGUCUAAUUGUACGAAUAAAUUAGAAGAAAUUUAUAAAGAACGUGAUGAACUUGUAUCUCAAUAUCAGACUUUAAUUAAUAAAUUAGAGAAUGAAUUAACAUCUUUAAAAGAAAAAGAACGUAUAAGAGAAGAAAGAGAUCAGAAUAUUAUAGAUGAGAAAAUGAAUAAUAAAGAAUCAGAUAACUUAAAUAAUUCGAAUAUAUCUAGUUUGAAUAAUUCAUCACAUACUAUGAGACAAUUAACUGAUAUUACUGAAAUUUGUAAAUCUUUAAGUGAGAAAUUAACUUCUGAGAUUGAGACUUCAUCUCAAUAUAGAUCUGAACUUUCUCGUAUAAAGGCUCAAUGUGAAUAUCUUGAAAAUUUAAAAACUCGUACAGAGAAGAAGAUGGAUGAAUUAUUUGAAGAAAGAGAUGUUUUAUAUAAGAAAAUAAAUGAUUUUCGCAAAAUAGAAUUAUCUAAAGAUAUGGAAUUAGAAAAUAUUCAAGAAGUUCUUAAAACAAAGCAAGCACAUUUAUCAGAUAUAGAACGUGAAAAUGAAAAUUUAAGAAAGACUAUAGGUAAUUUAAAUUCUUGUGUUUUAGAUCUUAAAGGUGAGAUAGAGAUGCAUAUAAAACAAAAAGGACAUGAUAAUGCUUUUCAGAGAGAUGUAAUCUCAAAAUUACAAGCAGAGCUUGAAGGGAAAUGUAUUGAAAUAAACACACUUAGGAAAUCACAGGAUAAAAUUUUACAAAGAGAAUUUGAAGAAUCUUUACAUCUUAGACAAAAAUUAAGAAGUCAAUCUCAACGUUGUAAUGAAUUAGAGGUAUCAAUUAAAGCUUUAAAAGAUCGUUUAAGGAAAAAAGAAGAGACAUCUAAUAUAGAUUUAAAUACAGAUUAUAUAAAGUCUCCUACUAAUAUACAUGAAUCUGAAGAUGAUAAUAAUAAUUUGGAGAUAUCUCAAUUAUCUACACCAGAAUUAACAACUGUAACUACUAAGAUAUCUUUAAAAAAUUCAAUAGGAUCUUCUAAUAAUUUAAUAACAAGUGAUAUUGAUGAUAAUUCAUUGGAAAAUUUGAAGGCAUCAUUAGAAGAAAGUCGUAAAUUACAAGCAUAUUGGAAGGAGCUAAUACAAUCUACAGAGAAGCAAUUAGAGAAUAAGAUAGUAGAAUUAGAAGAAUCUAGGAAGAUCCAGGAAAAUUUAUCUAAGGAAUUAGAGAAAAUAAAAAAUUUAUUAAAGGAAGAAGAGAACAUUAAAUUAGUUGAAAUUAAUAAAUAUGAGAAUCGUAUUAGUCAAUUAAGUGAGGAUUUAGCUGUAAUGACAACACGUGUAUCAUCAGUUGAUGAGGAAAUUAUGAAACGUGAAGAUAAGAUAAGGAAACAAUUAGAAUCUUUGGAAAAUACUAAUUUAGGGUUAUGUUCUGAAAUACAACAACUUAGACAAACUGAAACUGAUUUAAGGAGCCAAUAUCAAAAUAUUGUAAGAUCACAUAGUGUAGAUGUUGAACGUUUACAGAAUGUAAAUAAACAAUUAAUUACUUUGAAAGAAGAGAUGGCAAAUUUAACAGAGAAAUAUAAGAAAUCUGAAACUGAACAUACAGAACUUAUUAUGGAAUUACAGAAUGAAGUUGAACAAUUUCGAAGACAAUUAGAAACAUCUGCAAAGCAAUGUGAUAAACUUAAGAAUCAGAAUAUAGAUUAUAGAAAUAUAAUAAGAAAUAUAAAAAGUGAGAAGGAAAAAUAUGAAAGUAACGAGAAUUAUACUGAAGAGCAGAUAAAUUUAAGAAAAAUUGAAGAUGAUUUUGACUUAAUAGGUAAUAUUAAUUUUUCUAAUAAUUUAGAUGAAAAAGAUGAUAUAGAUUUAAGUCAAAUAUCUUAUUUAGUUACAUCUGAAUUUAAUAAAUCUUCAUCAAAAACAGUUUCAUUAGUUUUAUCUCGUAGAGUUAGGGAUUUAACAACAAAUCUAGAAGAAAUGGAUACUAAAUUGAAUGAAUGUAAAAUUGAGAUUCAAAAAUUAACAUUUGAACGUAAAUCUCUUAAAGAAGAAAAUGAAGUAUUACAAAAUAGAUUAACAGAAGAAAUUCAACGCGUUUCAGAAUUUGCAUGUAAAGCUGAAGCUAAUGAAACAGCUUUAACAAGAUUAGGUGAGUUAGUAACUUUAAGAGAAACAAAUGAUAGAUUACGUAGAGAAUUACUGAAUUUAACUGAAAGAUAUAAUGGAUUAGAGAAACACCUAGAGGCAGAAACUCGACAAUAUGAUCCUUUACGCUGUGAAAUAACCCAACUAAAAGCUGAAGUUGAAAACUUAAAGUUAGAAUGUAAUGAGAAAUCAACUGUAGCUAAAUCUUGGGAAGAACAAUAUAAUAGGAUCUUAGCAACAUUUGAUAACAUUGAUCCUAAUGAAAUUAAGAUAUUGAAGAAUGAUAUAGAUAAACUUACUGAAGCAAAUAGGAUUUUACAAGCAAAUCUUACUGAAAAAUCCCAACAGUUAGAAAAAUUGAGCGUUGAAAAACAAAAUGAACAUACUCAUCAGGAAGAAUUACAAUCAAUAAAACAACAAAUGGAGCAAUUAAGAAAAGUUUAUAUGAGCACAAAUCAAAAACUUAAGGAAGAACGUGAUAAAACUACAAAACUUGAAAAAGAUUUAAAGAAUAUCUCUAAAAAUACUAUAUCUGACAUAAGUCAGGUUCAACCUUCACAAUUAUCAACACCAGCUAACAAUAAUACACAGUCUGUAUCUUUAUCGAGUGUAGACAUACGUAAUAUUUCUGCUGCAACAUCUAAAUUAUCUAAUGCAGCAUUAAAAUUAGCUAAGAUAUGUAUAAUAUCUUCUGAAACAUCACAAAGUGAAGUAGCUAAAUAUAAAAGAAAUAAUGAAGAUAAGGAGAUUAUGGAUCAAAAAGUAGAAGUACUUAAUAAUUCAAAGUCACAGGGAACAUCAAAUUCCAAUGCAAUAUUUACCCCAGCACUAAAAAAGCGUCCAAAUAAGUUGGAUGAUUCUUCUAAUAAGGUAACUGAUUCAAAUAAUAUUUAA